UACCCUAUACAACCGCGGGUUGGGCGAGGGGACGCCCUUGGGCUAUUUUGAGGGGGAGGAGGUGUCAUGAUGACCCUCAGUAGGCCAUUGUAGCUCAGUCCCUCGCGAUAGUCGCUCCCACUCUUCUCCACAGGACCAUCAGGCAAGGACACAAGACAAACACAACAUGCUUCUUAAACAACAUUUGGACAUGAUUGGCAGAAACGAGCCUGUACAGCGGAAGGCCAGAUUCUGGCAAUCCUACGUCAGGGCACUGAAAGACGAGCCCCAAUACUUGGCGGAGGACGAGUGGGACGCUCACGCCCGAAGACUGGAAGCCAUCGACGAACUUCUGCCCCUCAAGUACCGCUACCCUCACUACUACCGCCCCAGCUCUGCCCGCUCGGCCAGUGUGCCACCCCCACCGAGGUCUGCCUCCGUGCCCCCCACCACUCUCCGAGCUCUGUCCAGGGCCCGCUCCACCACCCCAGCGCCACCGCAUCUCCGAGACAUCGUGGAAGAGAAGCCCUCCUCGCUCUACAGCUACUCGGGCCAAAAACUGAACGAGUCUUCCUUCGACUCCUCGUUCUCAAAAGCCGUGACUUCUUAUUCCAAGUCUUCCAGUAGCAGCAGCUCCAACACGAUCACUAAGAGGACCACAUCCUACAUCCCGAUCAGGUCUACGAGGAUUAACUCUGAAAUUAUCCAUGCUUACCUGGGCCGCAAUGACGUCUAUAACUGGCCAGACGAUGAAUUUCCAGGCGAGCCCCUGUACCACCGGCCCUACUACGGAAGCUACGUGAGACGUCCUCUCGCUGAGCUGCUGGAGCCCAGCUACCACCUACCCAGGUCCAGAAUCACCAGGGACCCUUGGUGGUACGACUACCCCUCCCUCAAACCCUACUCACCGUACAACCGCUACCCCUACACGUCCCUGCGCUACCCCUACUCCCACGUCAGCUCUCCCUACGUCAGCAGAUGGUACUACUCCCCCUACUACCUGAGGGACAGCUACCUCUCCCCCAUCAAGCGCACCUACCUGUGGAACUACCACCCCAUCAGGCCUUUCUCCUACAGUUACUACUGGAUCUAAGGACCUUCCCCUAACGAAGAUUCCAUCGGAUUCGACCAAACGAAGGCUGCACGAUUUCAUGGGAUUUCUCUUUGGUUUCCGUGAUCAGAUUCAUCUGGGACACCUCUAGAGAGCCCCGCCCGCUCAGAUGUGAUGUGACGGCGCCGGCGGAGGCCAAAGAAUCAAUUCAUGAAAUCAAAAAGCUAAUAAGGGAUUAAUUUUGGAUAACGGAAGUUAGGAAUAAAGGAAAAGAAAUAAAUUUAAAACUGCCAUCACGUCUGUGAAAUACUUUUUAUAUAAGAGCGCUUAAAUUACCUUUGAUAAAGUACUUUUUACUUCUCCCGAUCUCGGAUAUUUAAACUUUCAAGUAUAGCUUCUCCCGUAGGAUUGUAUUCGCUGUUGAUAGUGUGUUUCAUUUUCAUUCAUAAUACUACCUCGCUUUACGGAUAUAAUUAUUGCAUAACACUACGCUUUACUGACAAAUCUACAUCGAAAUUGUACUAACGUGCGACAUAAUCAUCCCUUGCGUAUUCAAGUGUGGCUUAGACGAAAAACAGAGCAUAUGUUAUAUUUUUUGAGAAUUUUGCUUCGAUAUAUUUUUUGAGAUUUCCCUUUUUCAAGAGCGUUUCGUUUACAAUGCAUUUUGAUAUUUUAUACACGAAUUUGCGUUUUGUACAAAACGUACCGACUGAACAUCUUUUGCGGGCAAAUACAUGUUGCGAUGUACAUUGUUGAAUGUUCGAUUUUGUUGUUUCAUGAAAUAUAUUUAUUUUUGAGAUA